CCCACUAGUACCACCGACUACUCUCUCUCUCCUCUCUCUCUCAUCAUGCAUUUUGGUUGCCCUAUCUUUGGCGAGAGGUCUAUAUUACUAAUACCAUUCGCACUCCUCUCCUUCCUCCCCAUUUUUCCUUUACAAAUCACAAAACCAAACCCUAUUUCUUGCAUUCUUCUUUCUCUUCUAUGUACUACAACUCUCCUCUCCUCCUCCUCACCCUUCUAUUCAUUUCUCUACUGAAUCUAUAUAAACAUAAUAAGUUUAGUAAUUUUGUAAUUGUAUUAAAUCCAAUUAUGAUGAUUAGCUUUUGUAGAAAGAUCACCCCUCACUCUAUCCUUGGCCUCACCACAGAUACUACCCCCACAACAGCAACAACAAAAACCACCUCCGUUGAUGCUCAUGAAAAGCUCCCAUUAAAAUGCCACCGUUACAUUUCGCCUUUAAGUUCUACAGGAUCAGGAGGAGGAGGGUUACUAGGAUUGGUCGCCGCAACCGAUAACGAUCGCAUGAAAAGCCAACCCCUUGUUUUGGAAUCUUCAUCCAUCAAAUCAUCAUCAUCCUCCUCCUCCGCCUCCUCCUCCUCCUCCUUCUCCUCCUCGUCAUCAGACUCGUCACCGCCAGCUUUGUCACCGGUGGUGUUUGAAUUUGGAACAAAGAGAGAUCCAGGUGGGUUUGGGUUCAUAGACAACAUAGGAGGUGGUGUGGACGGCUUGAUGUCGUGCACGGAAAGUCUAGGGUUUGAAAGCUCGGACGAGAGGCUGGUGGACGAUCAUCAGAUCGUUGAAAGAAUUAGCCAUGUUCAUGAGAAAGCUGAUGAGAAUGAUCAAGAUGGUAUCGAGGAGGAUGCAUGUUUGAGGAUGAUGAGGCACUCGAUUAAGAGAGCGCCGAAAUGGACGAAGAUGGGGGAGAGGAGAGUGGAGCCCAAGAAGUUUCCUCCCCCGCUUUCAUCAUUGAAUCAAAAUGGACAUCCAAGGUAUUAUCUGAGGCCUGAGAGGAAAGAUGGGAGGUUGGAGCUUACGGAGGUGAGGAUUUAUAGGCCUGAGAUUUUGAGAGCUUAUCGUGAAGGUGGACGGUUGAGAUUGCAUCUUAUUAGCCACGAACCUCACAUCCAAGAAGAGGAAGAACCAAUAUUAGAACGCAUAGAAGAAGAAGAAGAAGAAGAAGAAGAAGAAUUUAAUGAUGAGGAGGAGGAAAUAAUUAAUGAGGAGAAAGAGGAGGAGAGUGUUGGUGAGUGGAAGCUGAAGGUAGGAGGAGAAGGGUUUCGCCGGUGUCAAAAUCUGGUGAACCGCCACCAUGUCCAUCACCACCACCACCACCACAACCACCACGGCAACUUGCCUGUGUGGAGCCAGCAGCAGCAUUGCGUGACAACCAGGUGAUGAUAGCAUGAGCUCAUCACUUGGCUAGAAAAUCAGGAAAACAUGGCAUGAUGUUCAAGUGUCAGCGUUGAGAAGGAGGCAAGUGUGUACGUGUAGUUAAUUAGGGCACCGUUUCCUAGCAAUUAGGGUUUAAGGGUUCGACUUAAUCAUUUAAUGGUAGAGUGGGAAAAUGGCUUAACCAAGCUGGUUAAAGCAGUUUACUUUUCCCUCUACACCAAGAUUGAAUCAGUUCAUUCGAAGUUUAGAUGAAUUUUUUUUUUUUGUAGAUUUCCUAUUGUUUGUCAAAGUUAAUGGUAGAGAGGGAAUUUAGUAAUUAGGAAGCUAGGUCAUGUAUGCUUCACGGUCGGUGUAUUUAUCUUAUGGAUGCUUCGCGGUCGGUGUAUUGUGAGUGUAAAUGUAAAAUAAAUUGCAUGGUUGACGUGUCUCAGAAGUUUUCUGCCAAUUUAAUGUGAAGACGGUGAGGAAUCUCUGCUGUUGACAGCAGGCAGGCUCUGCAGAUGAAGGGCUCUGAAAACGCAGACCCAGAAGGCAGGAAAUAAGGUCAUCUCCAACCGAAUGGUUCAAAGAGUUACAGGGUCGAAAAUAGGUCGAAAAUCGUCUUCAACUGAGAAUCAGGCCAAAUGACUUAUAGGCCCCACUGGACAAAAAGGGCCAAAGGACCAACCGGCUAGUCCAAAUCAGCCAGCCCCAGGCCGGGUCACAUGCUGACUUCAUGAUGACAUCAUAUUUAUUUUAUUUUAUUUACCUUUUUUUUUGUGGGCCAAAAUUUUCUAAAAAAUAUGUAAUUAUGGGUUUAGAUUUUUUGGGCCGAGAAAGGUGAUUUGGUCGAAGUUGGGGUGUUCAUUUUAUAAGCAUGUUUCCUUGCUCAUUCAUCUCCCACGGUUGAUGUGGGACAAUUAUAAUGGGUGUAGUUGUAAUUCAUUUCAUAAGCAUGUUCCUUUCACAA